GAUAUUUGAUAAGGUUUUAAAACAUAACAAAAAUGGCUGCGAAUGAAAAUAGUCUAAUCGAUGUUGGAAGCUUAAAGGAAUUUUUAACCACAGAAUUUUCUUGUUGCAUGGUGUGCGACGGCUACUACAGCCAUAAUUUUGGACAACCAGUCUGCAGCACGUGCCAUUUGUUUUUGUUCUCGUCAGACAUUGAUAUUGAGGAUGGACAACAGGAAAUAUUCGUAGAGGUGAAAGAUGAUUCAGAUGCUGACUCUGGCAAUGAAGAACCGGGGGUUGAGAGUGAUUUUUACACACAAGAGGCCCAGCGUCCCACUCUGCGAGUUAAACCAAUCCCCCACAAACAGGACAAAUUGGCAGAGAGGAUUUCCCUUCUUACAGUUAGCACCAAACAAGACCAUGUACCAGAGGGACUGGUAGACUCCAUACCUCCAGAGGUUUUAUUGGUGGUAUUCAAAUAUCUGGAUGACAUUUCGUUGUGGACAGCAGGUCGAGUUUGUACCCGAUGGAGGCAAAUUCUGGACGGUGAAACAACAGAUGCUCAAUGGAAGGAAUCCUGUAAGCUGAGGUGGCCAUUGUUCUAUCCUCAAUACAGAGUUAAAAACUGGAAAAUAAUCUACACCAAAUUGUUGGAAAGUUCACCAUGUAAAUAUUGCUUAGAGAGCAUGAUGCUACAGAGCACGCCACCAAUAGAGGAAAAUUCAUGGAGACACAGGAGGUUACGCAGUGAACUGAAGACCUUAAAGUCUGACCCCCCUGAGGGCAUUAAGGCCACGCCCUUAGACAGACACUGCUGCCACUGGCAAGCAUCAAUAACUGGACCACAAGGCAGCCCAUAUGAGGGGGGACUUUUUCUUUUGUACUUACAAAUACCACAGAGUUAUCCUAUGAGACCUCCAAAAGUGAGGUUCAUCACCAAAAUAUUUCAUCCCAACAUCAGCAGACAUGGUGAUGUGGGACUUGACUCUAUUCAUCACAACUGGAGCUUAGCUUUGACAAUAUCUAAAGUUCUGAUCAGCAUUCAGUCCCUGCUGACAGAUCCAUAUUGCUUUGUGUGUAUGGAACCUGUGAUAGGAAAGGUUUAUCAAACACAGAGAGAACAGUUUAACAAAGUGGCACGGUUAUGGACAUGGAAAUAUGCUAUGCAUGACUUUCUGUUUCCCAUGAACAUUGAUUUAACUGCCGAUUGAUGGACCAGUGCAAUAAUGUUGAUGUCUCGUCAUUGUCUUUCCUAAAUAAUGUUGCUUAUAGAAUGAGAUUAAUGGUGUUCAAUUUCAAUUUUAGGAUAUUUUGAAAUUAUUUUUCUAGCUGAAUUUAUGAGAAAUACUAUGUUUAAAAGUGUUGUGGCUCAUUUGGUGCUUAGUCAUUGCUCAGCUCUAUAAAAUAUGGGGCAGAACAGAUGUAGGGGUCCUCAGAUCAGUAAGAAAUAGAGAGUGUUGUGAGGAUUGAUGCACAUAGUAAAGAUAUAUUGCUCUGAUUGCUAUUAAAUUAAGUCUACUAAUUUGAGGGUUUGAGGGGGAAAAUGAUACAAGCCGUGUACUUUUCAUACGCAUGUUAUUGUCUGCCAUAAUGUUUAUGUUGCAUCAGAUCAAUCUGAUUAAGGGGUACUUUACAGCGUCAUAAUGACUGACUUCCUUAAAGUCUUAAAACAUGAAUGAAAAAAUAAAUAUCAGCAAUAUUUGUUCAUUCAUUUCGAAAGUCAUUGCCUAAAUGAGUAGCUCAGUUGGUUAGGAUGUCGUCUGCUCAACUGAAGAUCAACUGUAGAUUUUUUCUUUAAAUAUUACUUUCUACUAAAACUGUAUGGUUUUGACUAAAUAAAGUAAAUUUGAAAGGUUUCAGUUUUAAAAUAUUGUACAUAUCCUCCAUUUUUAUCCAAAUAAAAUUUCUCUGGUGUAGCAUUAAAGUCAGAUCUUUGAUCCACUCCUGUAAUAUCAUGUUGCUUCAUAAUAUUACUGGAAUGGAUCAAAGAUCUGAUUUUAAUCAGAUUGACAUCAUAUAUAACUGCAAUGGUUAAAACGGUACCUUGAGUUAGAACAUGAUCACUUUAAAAUUUCAGUAGCAACCCUUGAAAAGAUUAUUCUUUCAAAUUACAGGCAGGUUUUCAGUAUGUUUAAUGCAAUGUUAAUGUUGAUUAAACACUUGCAUCUUUUACUUGUAUUCUCUCCACAGAUCAAAGAUCUAGAGAAUGCAUGAGCUCAACAUAUACACUGUACACUUAUUUAUUACCUAAAAUUGAAAUUCAUGUUCCCUGAUGCAGUAAUGCCCAAGAAUCUCUUAGCUUAGAUAUAUUUCACAAAAGAAGUGCAUAAUUUCCAUUAUAUGGUGUAAAUAUGGUUUUAUUUAUUUCUUUUUCUGUGUCUUAAAGGCAUUUUAAGAAAGUGUGUUCUAUCUUGCAAAUUUGGACACUGUUUAGAUAUAAUGUUCAUUUAUUGAAUUAAGCUACUGGACAUGAACCAGUUGACUGUUGUUUUUGUGAUUGUGAAAUGAUGUUAAACAUUAAACAAUGUACAUGUAAUACUGAUACAUGUAUGUUGCAAACCAAAGGUUUGAAUAUUUGUGCAUUUUCAGUGCAAAAAGGUCAUUAUUUAUGUAACCCAAUUCUCACACUAUUUAUUAAGGCUUCGGAGUAAAAAACUGAAUUAAUUCCCUCUUUUGAAAUAUAGUUUAAUCAAAGAAAAUGUGUUUAUUGCCACCUAAACAGAAGUAUAUGGGAACAUCAGAAUAUCGCAUAUUUUUAUUAAAAAGAGUCGUACAAGAGAAAAUACCAGCAUAAGAGUUAUUGCCCUUGACAACAUUUUUUUUUUUUUACAGAUAAUAUAAACUUUUCAGCAUCAAAUAGUUUACAGGGUUUUUUUUUAUUGUACACAGUGAAUAAAAUUUCUUCAGAAGAUUAUAUUUCUAUCAUGCACAAAGUUUGAUUGAUAAGAGAUUUAGCAAAAAUCUAUGAUGUCACAUGAGAGUGGAGUUACCUUAAUGUAAUGUGAUGAUUUGCUUUCUUUAUAUUGUGUUGACACCAAAAGACAAAGCAAGCUUACACAAAUAAAUUUAAAAGUGUAAAAAGGUCAAUUUUAACGCACUUUAGAUCAAUAACAAGCACUAUGACCCCAGUUUUUUUCUGUUUUUAUAAUUUCCAUUUCUCUGCAAGAUUAUUCAUAUAGAUACAGGCAACUGUUUGGCGAAAUCAGUAUAUGAUUAAGACUUAGAACAUAUGAUAACAAAGUGGAUUAAUUUAGUAAAACAUACUCUCCUGUCAAAUGGUUUUGGUGCUGUGUGAGACUGUGUUAACUCCAUCAAUAUAAAAGUAUUUUUGUGUAAUUUGAACAGAGGCUGUCAAACUCUUCUUAUUAUAAGCAUUGCUGCAUGGAAAUUAGUACAUGUUUAAAUUUUGAUAGAUUUUCUUAGACUGUUAAGAACUUGCAUCUUAUCUUUUUGUGUAUUUACACAAUAAACUAUGUUCAUACAAA